AUGACAGGGGCCACACUCUCGACAUCGACCUCAGCCACUGGCCUCGUCAUCGAUGCCUCCCACAACGGACCCAUCCUCGUAUACAUGGCCAAGGUCGACUCUGCCACCGGUGCCAUCCCCAACUCUGGCUGGUUCAAGAUCUACGAAGACGGCUACAGCAACGGCCAAUGGGCCGUCGCCAAGCUCAUCGCAAACCAGGGCAAAGUCACCGUUACAAUCCCCUCCUGCAUCGCCCCCGGCGACUACUUCUUCCGUGGUGAACUGAUCGCCCUGCACGCGGCGUCCAGCUACCCCGGUGCCCAGUUGUACAUGGAGUGUGCACAGCUCCGCGUCACUGGCGGCGGUUCCACGUCGCCGACUACCUACAGCAUCCCCGGUAUCUAUUCUGGCACCGACCCCGGGAUCAAAUUCAACUUGUACACCACCCCAGUGUCAUACACUAUCCCUGGACCGGCCGUUUUCUCGUGCAGUGGUGGAAACACCACUCCUGCUUCUUCAGCUGCGGCGGUGGUCUCCACCACUAAGACUACCACUACUGCUGCUGCGGCUACGACGACUGCUGCGAGCUCUGGGACUGCAGUUGCGCAGUGGGGUCAGUGCGGAGGGUCGACGUAUACGGGAUCGACGACUUGUGUGUCGGGAACGACUUGUGUCAAGUUGAAUGACUACUACUCUCAAUGCCAGUAA